GUACCUAAAAGGGUUCUAGAGAAUAACUAUGAAAAAUUGAUCCAGAUCGGUCAAAGCAGCUUCAUGAUAAGCGGCAAGUAACUUGCAAAAAUGUAAAAAUCGCGUAGAGUAAUUAUAAAAUAAUUUUGUAUCGAAAAUUCGACUAAUUCGUUACCAAUUUGAAUACUGAUAAUAACUGGACCGUUCACCUUAUUAGCUUAAGGGAUAACACCACUGUAAAUUUUUUCAAAAGUCGAUUUUUUUUUGUUGGCUUAAAAAUACUGUAGACCCUCUAAAAUGUGGGGCAAAAAGUCUCAUAACGGAAAAAAAAUUUCCUCAAAAUUUUGAGCUAUUUUCCGAGCGCGUCGGGCCACUUCGAAACGACUAACUGCGUCGGAUAGAUACCUACUGGGAAGGUACAACCUUAUGCUUUACAUUUUGAUUUUGAACAUCUCCAGUACCCUAACAGAUGUCACUAGAAAGUGUUUGGGUGCAAUCAAUAGGAUUUUCAAACAAAAGUGCGUUAGUGUAGCGUCAGUAAGCGUCAGUAACUGUAGAAGCGUUGGUUAUUUUCUCGAUUGACAUGAAAGUUGUUGUGUUUCACACUAACUAUUUAUAAUAGUACUAGUUAUUUUGUAUUUCUGAAUGCUCUUGAAAUAAUAAUGAGUGAUACAAACAUUUAUUUGGGCAAGGAAGGUACGAAAAAUUCGUAUCCAACGAGGUGUCGGAGUAGUGUAUUAUCGAGACGACUGUUGAAUGGAUACGAGGCUGAGGGUAACACGGAAGCAGUCAGUGCCUCAGCGAAGAAAUUAAAAGUGUGUUCAGACGAUUUUGAUGUAAAUUAUGGAUUCGGUUACAGAAUUAUAAAUUUUAUUGCUGUUUUUUCAACAAUUGCUCAACAUGUAAAGUGCAAAAAAUGUGAUUCGAACAUCUCGUUUCAAGAGAGAAGUCCUCGGGGCUUAGGCUUCAAAAUAGUUAUUGCUUGCCCGAAUUGUCCAGAUGUUGAAAUUCCAAGUAGUAAAUUAAUACAAAAUGCAUAUGAAAUAAACCGUCGAAUCGUGUUGGCAAUGCGACUACUUGGAAUAGGGCUAACUGGAAUUACGAAAUUUUGUGCGUUUAUGGAAUUGCCACGACCGAUAUUUCAAUCUUUUUAUGAUAACAUAGUGAAUAUGAUUUCGAUCGCAGCAAAGUCUGUACGAGACGCUAACAUAAAAAAAGAAGCACAAGAAGAAAAAGAGGAAAGUGAAGAAAUAGGACAGUCUGAAGAGAUAAUUGUUUCCGGUGGAAAUUUUGAAGUACAAAAGAACGAAUGUAUCCAUGACGUACAAAAAAUAAUGAGUACUCGUCUAAGAAAUCUGAAGAAAACAGUGAAAGGCCUCGGAGGAAAAGGUAAAUUAACAGCCAAAUUAAUCAAUCAAUUGACGGUUUAUUAUGGAUUGGCAAUACGUCGGAAUGCAAACUCCUUGGAGAAUAUGAAAAAAGAAAUCUGGGCAACCUUAUUUCAUAAAUUAUCAACCGACGAAAAUCCGCAACACCAGAAAUGCUCAGAUACUUGGUGUGACUGGAAGAAGGCAGAGUCAGCGGAUACCUUGGACACUUACUAUCAUAGGCCGGCACUUUCUAAAGUUGUUUUUGAUGCUAUCAAACCAAUUUAUGAGGAUUUGAGUCGAGAUGAAUUUUUAAAUCGUUGCUUGGGUGGCUACACGCAGAAUAGUAACAAAAGCUUCAAUGCUACCGUUUCGAAACUGGCUCCAGAAUCUUAUUCGAGUGGCGAAACAGUAUUGGAUCUAGCAACGGAUUUGGCUGUAUGCAAUUUUAAUAAUGGACUUACUAGCAUUUUGCAAAUUAUGAAGAUUUUGGAAAUGGAUAUCGGCAUCCAGUCUUACAAUUUCUGCUUGGAAGCCGAUGCCAUGAGAACGCCGAGCAUUUUUUGACGGACGAGGGAAAAGAGACACGCUGUAGCAUCAAAUCCUCAAGAAAAGAAAACGAGGAUGAAUAUUUGAAUUUAUGACAACUUUAUGGUCCUGGGAUAACAGACUGAUAGUUAAAAUCUGCAUAGCUACACUGCGUGCCGUGCCGCAGAGCGCCUCAAGUUCAACGUGCCUCGGGCAAAUGGCUCUAGUGUCGGCAUUUUUAUUUAUAUUUGUAUCAUAAUUUUUCCUUUUGUACUUAAAUAUAAUGUUAAUAACUCCA